CAGGGAUCAUGUUACAUACAUAGUACUAGGUACAUUUGAUGUAACCUUGAACCUUGGAACAUACAUAAUCAAUUGCUAUUCAAUGUUGAAGUUAUUAGGACACAUGCACCUAACAUCUACAUACCUACAUGCAUCAAUGAUAUGUAUGUAUUGAUAGUACAUUCAAGAUAACAUUCACCAUACCUAUACCUACCCGAGGUAUCCAGGUGUAUAAUAAUUACUUGAAGACGAUAGAAAACGAAAUAAAGGCAAAGACAAAAAACAAAAAUGGCGAACGCAGGCUACGAUGCCGUUGUAGACGUUGAUGACGAGGGCGACCUCGGCCACACCGACUUGCAAGAAGACCUCGAAUUCCACAACUCCAACUUCAACUUCACCGAGCCGCAAACACGAAAAGGUGCGCCGUCUGCCGGCCAUACCGGCCCUGGCCUGCCACCCCCCGCGACCGCCGCCUCCUCCUCCGGCUCCUCGAAGCGCUACCUCUGGACCCUGUCCUUUUACGCCCAGUACUUCGACGUCGACACCUCCUCCGUGCUGUCCCGCUGCUGGGCUGCGCUGUACCCACGAGCCAACUUUCUCGACGUGCUCGAAGGGAACCCCGAUCUAUACGGUCCUUUCUGGAUCGCUACUACUGUUGUUCUCAUCCUAUUCCUCGGCGGCACCAUUAGUCAGUAUUUGUCCAGCACGGGACAGGGCCCGUUUGCAUACGACUUUAAGCUGUUAAGCGGCGCCGCCGGUCUAAUCUACGGCUACACCAUCGUCAUCCCCGUCGUCCUCUUCGGCGCGCUGCGCUACUUCGGCUCCGAGUCGGCCAACCUUCUCGAAUGCUGGGCGCUCUACGGCUACUCCAACCUGAUCUGGAUUCCCGUCGCUCUUAUCAGCUGGUCGCCCAUCACCAUCCUCAACUGGGUCUUCGUCGGCGUCGGAUUCGGCCUCAGCGUUGCCUUCCUUCUGCGCAACCUAUACCCCGUGCUCAGCGCCACCGACCGCCAAACCAGCAAGAUCCUGCUCAUCCUCGUUGUUGCCCUCCACGCGGGCCUCGCCAUCGCGAUCAAGGUCCUGUUCUUCGCCACCGGAAGCCCCGUCGCUGGGAGCCCGGUGGGCGAUACUCCGCCCGCUGCAGGAGGCGAUCAGCCACCUGCUGGUGACAGCCCCCCUAGAUUCUUCUAAUGGGAAGAACAUGCACCUAGGCAGGCAGGUAUGGUUAUCGAAAAGGAAGGAGUGUUGUCCGAGACAACAAUAUUACGGGAGUUAGUCCACAUUGCAGGCUGAGAAAAGGGGAAGUGAGGGAGCGCAAUAUCAUGGCUUUCCUGGCGUUUUGGGGUGGGAGUGGAGGAUCUUAAGCGAUGGUGCUGUGUUGUACACUAACUAGGUAGCUGACAUAUCUUUCUAUUUUUAAUGUAUCAUGAAGUAAACUUCUAGACAU